AUGUCAAAUAUACGUUUACGUCGAGCUACUGCUGUCUGGUUUUUAGCUUUAUAUCUACUGAUAGGGGUGCCAGUAUGGUACAAGUUAACUACUAUCCAUAGAGCACCAUUACCUGCAGAAUAUAUUGAAAGCCUAUAUAAGGGCAAUAACCAUGAUGUUCAUAUGGUGAUACCGGUGUAUAUUAUGUCGAAAACUUUUAAAUUUCCUGAUCUACAUGAUGCUGUUCAAUUGCAGGUUAAUCAUAUGUUGCAAAACAAGGAACGGUAUGUAAACUGGUCAUUACAGGUGCUGCCAUACCCUGAGGAUGGAUCUGUUGAUCUUCAUAACGAGUAUGUGGUUAUAUUAGAGAAUGAUGAAUCACCUGGAUUCGUUAUUCCCUCUGAUGGAAGGAAGACUAUUUUAUUUCACAACCUAGACAAUGUGUUGCAUAACGACUUGCCGUUUUUUGUUUCCCAGAGCCUAGUUGAGCAUACUUUUCAGUUGGAAUGGAACCGGCUGAACAAAAAGUAUACUUCUGGUGUGGAUUCGAAUCGGGUCAAGAAUAUGGCUAUUGAAUACAAUCCUAAUGUGCAUUUGUCUAUAAGUUUGCUUUCUGGUGAUGGUAAUCCUGUUUCUUGGGAGAUUGAACAUGUGGCGUUGAAGUACUUAACACCCUUGAGGCAAUUCUUGUCCCCACUUGUCAAUUUCACGAUUGACACCAAUAUCAUCUACUUUAACGAUUUAAAUCUACAUCAUUUAAAGAAUAGAUCUUUGUUAUCCCAGCAAGACUUGAGCCAAACCAUUGACUUGUCCGAGUUAUCGUCUGCCAACUAUUAUGAAGAGCAAAAUUGUUUACAUCUAGCGAUUGUAUUUCCAUCAAAUAGUACAGGUUCCCUACCAUUUAUUAACUCUGAUAAACAUUGGAACUCGUUUCUGGUUCCACAAUGGGGUACUUUGAUAAUUAACGAUGAACCGCUACCUGAGAAUCCUUAUUUAAGCGAAGACUACUUAGCUCCUGUAAUGCACAAAUUUUCAAAUGAACUUUUGCAACUUUUAGGUUUUACUGAGGAUUCUGAAGGUUUAUCUUCUCCUGUGAUUACUCUCGACUCCUUCAAGAGAUUAACUAUUUUGAACAAUUUAAAUCAUAGCAUCAACACACUGUGGUCAUUGGUCAAAAUGACUUCAAAUUUACCUCAGAUGACUAUACCGAUAGACGUAUUGACAAACGUUAAGGAUGCAUUAGAUCUAAGGUUGGAAACAAUUGAAAUGCUAAAUAACCCCGCUAAACAAAACUCCCAUGAAGUUUGGAACGAUGCGUUGAUCAAAAGUAACAAAUUAGUUUACCUGUGUGAAAAAGCCUUUUUCCACAAGGAAAUGGUCCAGCAAAUGUUCUUACCUCAAGAACAUAAAGUUGCUGUGUAUCUACCUCUGCUAGGUCCAAUUAGUAUUGUAACCAUCGCUGGCUUCUUGAAGAUCUGGAGAGAGCAGGAUUCUGAAUCCGAUGAUGAUACGUCAACUGAAGAAGGAGCAUCUAAAGAAAAAAUGCAAUAA